CCCACUACCGCCGCCGUCCACCAAGUUCGUGACGUGCGGAUUCAUACGGCGGCGGCGUGCAACCUGGUCUCCGCCAAUCAUGCGCUCCGGGCGAUCGGGCCCGUUCUCACUGUUCCUCCGCGGGUGAAGGAGACAGACCCCCUCCAUGAUCUGGCGCAGAUCCACUUCGCGGGUCUGUCGGCGACAUUCCGAGCUCAGCAAGAGCGCGCCGCGAUGCGCGCAAAGAUGAAGGCUGACGAGGCGCAGAUCGUCCAGCUGGAGGGGAAGGUGCUGGGGGCAAACAACCGUGCUGACGACGCGACAUCCAAAGCCAAUGAGGCGUUGGAGUCGCUCGGCCUCUUGCAGAGCCGGUUGGCCGCGGAUGUGGAAGCGGCCAAAGAGAAGGUGCGAAACGAAGAACGCUCCGCCCUCCGGGAAGAAUUGGAAGCCUCCUUCUCUGAGAAGUUGCGCAAGGCUCGCGAGGACUUCCAGAAGGAGAAGGACGACCUGGUCCGCCUUCAUACCGUCGCGAAGGCUGAGGCCGUUCGCGCAGCCGAGGUCGCGGCUAUCCGCCAGUUCAAGUCUUCCCAACCUUUCGGGAAGAUCAUGGCGGAUGCCAUGACCAAGGCCGUGAUAGCGGUCGGCAAGAAGGUUCGCCCCGAGAAUCCAGGGAUGCAGUGGGAUACUCGCGACAUGGUUCAGCACGUCAAGUCCUGGAUCAGCGGGAAGCGUCCUUUGGAUUCUGACUCCGAAUCCGAGGAAGAGGAGGAGGAAGAGGAGGAGGAAGAGGGGGAGCGCCGGGAGGAGGUAGAUCGUCCGGCCGGGGAGGAGGUUACAGGCGCCCGGAGGGAUGGCGAGGUGGCCGAUGAAGACGAGGAUGAGGAAGAGGAGAGCCCCUUGGUGCGUCGCAAGUCAAGUAAGGAGGACGAGCAGCCCAACGCUGGAUCUGCCUAAGUGUCGCCCAGUUUUUCCUUAGCUGUUGUCAUUGUUUUGUCCAUGUGUAAUUGCGAACAAAAUUACUGCUUCUUCUAUGAUUAUGCCAAGUGACCCUCGAUUGUGAUUGCCCCUUUCUCUCUUUGCUCUUUAACUAUUUGCUUGAC